ACGACACCUCGUGCUUACCUAUCACCGUACUUUUUCACCUCCAACAUCGUCAGGUCUUUUCGACUGGGUAGUGGAAAAUAGGGCUACGGGCGAAAUACAGCAAUCGCAAAAUCACUCUCGCAGCCUGGGAAUAUGGCUUUCGGAUACAGCUUCGUGAACCUGUCAGAGGCUGAGAAAUUACAGAGACGAGAACUGCUGGAUCUAUAUGCGGCUACUGCACAAUGGUCUAUCCUGAUCGUCUUCGCCGUCUUCCAGUUAUCGUUCCUUCUGUCUUGGUUGCUCGAGCCCCGUGCCGAAGAACGUCCCAAAUCGCCUUUUGGGAAACCGCCAAAACUCAAAGGACCAGGAUGGAUAGCAAAGGCUCAGCAUCUUCCUCGGAGCCUUUCUUGGUGGGCUGGGGCUCCUCUGGCUGAAGGUUGGGGAACAAGAGCAGAAUGGAUUGCAGGUUUGGCAUGGACUGCCUGGCUGCUAUUUCUAUCAGUCCAUCAGACUGGCAAUGAUUACUUGCACCUUACCAAGCGGUUCGGAAUUGUAGGCGCUUCACAGCUGCCGCUCCACUACCUCCUGGCGAUUAGGUCUAAAUACUCUCCUCCUCAAUUGCUCACGAGGCUGUCUCACGAGCAAAUAAAGACCGCGCACCAGAUUCUUGGCCGCAUAAUAACGUUCCUGUUUAUUCUGCAUGCUUGUUUCUAUCUGAACUUCUUCAUCCUUUCGGGAUUUCUCCAAAAGCGCAUCAAGGAUCCCGAUGUCAUUUUCGGGAUCGUGAGCAUCAUUAUGUUUAUAACUAUGAACACGACGGCUUUGAAUAUCAUUCGUAAGUGGAGCUAUAGGAUGUUUUAUACCACACACAUUGUCUUCGCCAGCCUCCUCAUCAUCCCGCUCUACUUUCACGUUCACCAUAUUCGAAAGUACGUUUUGGAAGUGUGUGUUAUCAUUAUUUCAAACCAAGCACUUCGCAAUUACAGUCUGCGAACUUAUUCGGGCACGAUCAGCAUGGUCCCAGGAACCAAUCUGGUCCAGGUCAAAGUUCCCCUGGUAUCUUCAAACAAGGAGAUGAAGUGGAAACCAGGGCAACACGUAUAUCUGAGCCGUCCAACCGGCGCAUCAACCUCCUUUGGAGUAUGUGAGAUGUUGGUGUUGUGGAACCAAACGAAUCCCUUCACGAUUGCUUCGCUUGCAGAACAGGAUAAGCACCUCCUUCUAGUGGUGCGGACUUUGACCGGAAAUACAAAGCAACUCGCAAAACUGGCUCGAUCGCUACCCUCUCAGGAUGGGGUUGAAGUACCAAGCAUACCAGUCGCGCUUGAGGGCCCGUAUGGAAGCACAUCACGGCUCCCGGAUCUUACUAAAUUCGAUCGUGUGUUGCUUGUCGCUGGUGGCGUUGGAGCAACAUUCAUCAUACCAAUAUAUCGUAGCCUCGUUGAGCACGACGGCCCUUCUUUCCGAAACUCUCAGCUCCGGUUCGUAUGGGCUGUACGAAAACUCGCUGAGACGCAAUGGGCAUUUCCGGCCUCCCGUGGCGAUGAAGACGCCGAAUCCGAAGCCGAAGGAGUUCAAACCGAUAAUGAAGUUGAAGUCUCUGUAACGCAGCCGUUUGGGUCAGAUCUGCAAGGGGAGAAUGCGGAUGAUGGGAUGGAGCUCGCGGAAGCUGAGCACCUUAUCCCGUUCGAAGAAGAGAUGGAGAAGCCGAGAAAGGGUGUGGUUCUUCGUGCUGGUCGGCCUGAUGUCCACGCGAUUGUCGAUGAAGUUUUCACUACUUCUGCAGGGAGUGUCGCGGUGAUUACGUGUGGACCGAGGGGAAUGACUGAAAAGUUAAGAGAGAGCGUUGGGACGUGGGUGAAGCAAGGACGAGAGGUGUAUUGGCACAACGAGACGUUUGGAUGGUGAAGACACGGAAAUUGGUGUCCAUACAUGAAUGCGAAUGGUCAAAUGGAGACAUUGUCAAAAGGAGGUCAUAUAUACAGCAAAAGACUCAGUGUACAGUUCACGGCCGGCGUUCUUGCGAGAGUUCACGACUACAUCACAGGCUGCUGUUUGUUGAUGUUCGAUCGAUCGUCGUUGGGUCUUGCCGCUGCAGUUACCAAGCUUACCUGGGUUUGGG